CUGGUGCUGAGGGAAGUCCAGUCUGGACUGUUCGCAGCUGAAGCCCAGGCAUGGGGACCUUUAGUAGCACAGGUCAGGACUGUUUCGGCAGUAAAGAGAACUGGUAUGAGAUUGGACCCACGGAUUUGCUGGAGCGCAAAGGCUCCCUAACUCUCCGCUCUCAUCACAAGAAGUACUCGAAGCCAGUGUUGGUGUAUUCCUGGCAUUAUGACAGAGAAGCAUUCCCAAAAGAUUAUGAUAUAGAGGGUCCCGAGACAGUGAAAAAACUAUGUAAUUCAACAUAUUGGCGACUUGGAACUGACUGUCCUGUGUGGAUAUCAGAAACACAUGAACAGAUGUCCCAGGUGUUUUUAAACAAAGACUUCGUGGAAAAGAAGAAAAAGGCCUUGGUCAAUGAGAAAACAACAUGUCCUGGGAUUUUGGAAAGGGACCCUGAAUUACCUCCUACAGGCUUUCGGGAUGUUAAUGUGGAAUCCUCACCAAAUCAGAGAAAGCCGUGUGUUUUGACAACGUACUCUGAAGAUUAUGCUCCGCAGUAUGAUUAUCCACCACCUGCUUGUCCACGUCAAGAUGAGUGCUCCACAGUCUACAGGAAGUGCCGUUCUCAGUUCACAGACCUAAACGGCACCAAAAGAUUUGGCAUCAACACAUGGCAUGAUGAGAGUGGGAUUUAUGCUAACUCAGAGGCAAAACAAAAACUCUACGCAUUGGCUGAAAAUCCUAUUGUCCCUCGUUAGCAGCUAUAUAUGCAAUCAGACCCUCAAACUAAUGAAAAUUAAUAAAUGUAGCGGAUAAGUUUCCUUAAUAAAGAC